AUGAUGUCCGAUUCCCAAUGGCCUCAUCAGCCACAACCAACAACCGCCCUUGCCAGUCUCGAGACCGUCGACCAGGCCAGGGCCGAGCUCGAGGCUCGCCUCAUGGGUAUCCAUAACGACCUUCAGCUCACCCAGACCAUCGGACUCCUCUUUGUCAAGCGCCAGGAGGACCUCAAGCACUGCUUCGACCAGCUCCAGGAACUCAAGCUACAGGAGGCUGCAUCAGCAGGAGCAGGACGGCAACAGCAACAAUACCAGGAGCCCUUGCCGGACAUAUUACGGGAACAGCUUGCAAUCCUCGACAAGGACUUUCAAGAAGGGCAAAAUGGCAUCCUGGGGCUCAAGGGACUCAUUGACGCACAGCUGCCUACGAUAGCGAUCCAGCCUCCUCAGGGAGACUCGACGACGCGGUCGGGGUCGAAUGUCCUUGGACCAAGUGCAUUGCCUUCAAGCAUCCUGCCAACACAGACAAUCACGAAGCCUCGGCGCCACAAGGUCGUCGUUCCUUCAACGCCUUCGAUCAACGACCCUGCAUUCCCCGUUCAGAUUCAGGAGGAACUGUUGAACCAGGUCCGGUACUGGACUUCGCAGGCAGAGAUGAAGGAAAAGCUGAACCAGGAAUACGAUACCAAGAUCUCUGAGCAGGAAAGGAUCAUUGAUGCUCUCAACAAACAGCGACGCAUGCGCGAGGAGAGCGAUGAGCGCCUGAAGGAGGACCAGUGGAAUCUGGAGUUAAUGAACCAAGAGCUUCGGACACAGUGUGCGGAUUUUCAACAGCAACUGUCGCGGUCUCUGCACGAGAACGGCAAGGUCCAGAAGGCACUCACAGCAGCAUCGGAGCAAGUGGAACAGAUGAAGGACAACGAGGAGCGGGCUGCUGGCCAAUUGGAGCUGACAAAGUCUCGGCAUGAGCAGGACAUGGUCGCCAUGCGGAAACAUAGCGCAGGAAUCCAACGCGAAAAGUCUGACUUGAUCAAAAAGAUGGAGGAACUCAAGGCGACCAUGGCGGCCCAGCAACAGAAGCUGACCAAGAAGGCGACCAUGGAGGCGAUUGCACUUGCUCAGGAGAAGGAAGAGUUGUUGCUCGAGCCCGAGAGCCCCGUCGAGGCACCCGUCUUGAUCCAGGCACCCCCUCGUCUGCCCAGUAACGAUGAUUUGCCCGGUGCUACUUCUGCAGCUUUGAUCCCUGGUACAGUCGAGCCCAAGGUUGCCUCGCUGGCCCGAGAGACCUCGUUUGCUCACCAACAGUCGAUCAUCAGCGAGCUCCAGGCCAAGUUGAGCAAGGAGAUCUCGGAGAAGGAACAGUUGGUGGCCACCAAGGCCGAGUUGCAAUCGGAGAAGGAGGAGCUCGUCAAGAUGUUGGCUGACAGCGAGGAGACCAUUGAGCACCUGCGUUUCGGAGGACUGGAUCCCGCUGUUGCGGGUAUUGCUGCUGUCGGUACCGGUGUUGUUGCUGCUGGCGUGACACAAUCAGUCUUGGGAGGACAGGAGGCAAGAUCUACUGCGGACGAGGAGGAACGCCACCCGAUCUCGCCUGUGCAUGUUGGUGGACUCUUUGCGGAGCUGGCUCUUGCAAAGUCGACUGAACCAGCCAAACCUGCAACAGAGUACAAGGAUCAGGAGACGGUCUCGGAGCCCAUCGAGAGCUGGAUUCACUCUAUCCCCGGAUUGGUCCCCGCCCCGGUCGUGAAGGAGAAGAUUAUUGAGGUUCCAGUUGAGAAGAUCGUGGAGGUUGAGAAAAUCGUGGAGGUUGAGAGGAUCGUGGAGGUUGAGAGGAUCGUGGAGGUUGAGAAGAUCGUUGAGGUUGAGAAGAUCGUUGAGGUUGAGAAGAUCGUCGAAGUCCCAGUGGAGAAGAUUGUCGAGGUGGAGAAGAUUGUUGAGGUGGAGAAGAUUGUUGAGGUUCCCGUCGACAAGAUCGUCGAGGUUGAGAAGAUCGUCGAGGUGCCGGUCGAGAAGAUCGUGGAGGUUGAGAAGAUUGUCGAGGUGCCGGUCGAGAAGAUCGUCGAGAAGAUCGUCGAGGUACCAGUGGAGAAGAUUGUGUACGUUGAUAAGAUUGUCGAGGUGCCCGUCGACAAGAGCAUGCUGAUCGAGAAGAUUGUAGAAGUGCCAGUCGAGAAGAUCGUUGAGGUAGAGAAGAUUGUGGAAGUGCCAGUCGAGAAAAUUGUUGAGGUUGAAAAGAUUGUUGAGGUCGAGAAGAUUGUUGAGGUCGAGAAGAUUGUCGAGGUCGAGAAAAUUGUCGAGGUCGAGAAGAUUGUCGAGGUCGAGAAGAUUGUCGAGGUUGAGAAGAUUGUCGAGGUCGAGAAGAUUGUCGAGGUCGAGAAGAUUGUCGAGGUCGAGAAAAUUGUCGAGGUCGAGAAGAUUGUCGAGGUCGAGAAGAUUGUCGAGGUCGAGAAAAUUGUCGAGGUCGAGAAGAUUGUCGAGGUCGAAAAGAUCGUCGAGGUGGAGAGGAUUGUUGAGAAGAUAGUCGAGAAGAUCGUUGAGGUCGACAGAGUCAGAGACGUUAAGGACGUCGCUGCCGCUAGGGCCGUGGAGAAGUCCCAGGCUGCCACCAGCUCUGUUGCCACCAACACGGAACCCAAGGCGUCGACUAGCACCACCGCCACCAACACUGAUGUCGCCGCCACCAGUUCGACUGCCACCAACACCGACCCCGUCUCUCUUCGUAAGAGCUCUGCUUCGACCGCGUCUUCUGCACACAGGAGCGGACAGCUGCCCGACAUUGUCACAGGAAAGGACGCCAAGAGCGGCACUCUUUUGGACUCGCAGGCUCUCGCCACUCCUACCAUCGCCGGUCUCGAGGUCGCGUCUGUCCUCAUCCCAGAGAUUCUUGACCAGGUUCAGCAAAUUGCUCAAGUCAAGACCACUGAGCCAGCAUUUGUCGAUCCCUUCACUGUCGAUGAGUCGACUCCUCCCCAAGCAGCCAAAGUUCUCAAGGAUCUUGAGCUCGAUGUCACUGAGCCCGUUCCCCGCUUUGUUCCCUCAGAGAUUCCUAUGGAUGACGAACGUCGCCACACUUGCGACAUGAGCCAGAGCAUGCCUGACUCGACCCACCAUGCUGCUCCUCCAGUUCCUUCCCUGCCCAAGGAUAUCGUUGCAGCAUCCAGACCCCAGACGGCCUUGAUGACCGAUAACAACGGACAAGAGUUCCGCGUCUCCUUCGGAUCGGCCUUUGGAUCGGCUAUGGAGACUGGCCGUAUCGAGCCCAUCUACGCUGACAAAGAGGCUGCUGCUGACGCCGCUGCGACUGAUAACGAUUUCAGCGACGUUGACAGCAUCCACAGCAAGCACCAGCACCAGGCCUACCAGCACGAGAACUCUCAAAGCAUGAUCUCGCCUGGCCGCCCCGCGACUGGCCCACCCUCAAGCCUCUUAGCCCGUGCGGCCGCAAGAGCAAGCAUGGCAUCAGAGUUGGAUGUCAUGGCUUUGAACGAACCCUUUAUGAAUACCCGUAAUGCCAGCAGCAGCAACCUGUCUGUCUCGGGAAUGACCACCAACAACACCGCCACCACCACAAAGAGCAUCAUUCAUGGCCAGCUUGGCCAUUCGCUUAUCAGCAACUCUGGUCCUGGUUCGCCUGGACCUAUCACUUAUCCCACCCGAGCAUCGUCGAUCCGAUCGGAGAAGCGCUUCGUCAGCACUUCACCCCCUCAGUCGUCAGGAAUCUCUCGGCCACCCAUGCCUACUGGUGCCGCUGUCAUCUCUUCAACUACCCGCACCGCCUACACCUUCCAGAACAGCUCCAGCCAGGUGUACAUCCCUCAGAGCAGCAGCAGCCAACAGCAGCAGACACAGUACCAGCACAUUACGGACUCUUCUGGAGCGAGCAUCAGCCAUCACCGCUACCGUCCCUCGCCUAACGGAUCCGUCUCGAGCAUGUCGACCGACUAUGGUGGAAACCAGCAUGAGCGUCGCGGUUCGGUGAGCUCGAACUAUGACAGCAACUCGACAUCGACCGACCCGACGAUGAUCCAGGCAAUCACGCAGACCAUGAUCGGAGACUACCUCUGGAAGUAUACCCGUCGCCCCAUGGCCAGCGUGAUCAGCGAGAAGAGACAUCGCAGAUACUUCUGGGUCCACCCUUACAACAAGACCAUCUACUGGAGUCUCAACAACCCCGCCGCCGAUGGUUCUCGCGAGCAGCGCGCCAAGUCUGCUUUGAUUAUUAACGUGUUCCAGAUUACGGAUGAGAACACGGCCGGAAACUCGGACUUGCCUAACAUCAGCUUGCUUGUCCAGACUUCCAACCGCAACCUCAAGCUCACAGCCCCCACCCGCGAGAAGCACGAGCUCUGGUACCAGUCUCUUGCGUACUUGUUGUCGCGUCCUUCGACUCCUGGAGUGGAUAUGCCAAGCGACAAUCAGACAUGGUCGGAGGUACAGGCUGCACGUGGAGCGCCUUCAGAUACCCUGUUGACGAUCCGCAAUGAGAAGACUGUCCGGAAAAAGGGUUCCUUCAACCGACUUCAGUCCAUGUUUGGUCGGUCCAAGGAAAACUCUCCCGCCGGAUCCCCCCGUCAACAACAACAGCAAGGAUCACUGGGUAUGAACUCUGGGAUGUCGUCGACGUCAGUCAACUCUAGCGGUAUGCCUCCACCCCCGCCCUUGUCAGGGGGUAGUGGUAGUGGCGGCAAUGGCAGUGUUGUGAACAGUGUGGUUGGAUACCCAAGCCAUAUGGUCAACACACAGAGCCCGGUUGGAGGAUAUGGGACGAUGAAUGGAGGACCGAUUAUGUCGCAGCAGGGAAGUUCGUCGGUGGGUACGAAUAGUAUAAGUCCACGGUCGAGGCUGGCGUAUGAGGACGAGUACCGGGGCGAGGGCGAGUAUGAUGACGAGGAUGAUGAGGAUGAGGAUGAUGAGGAUGAUGGUGAGCUUCCUGAGCAUGUUCGCCAGUGCUGUGAUGGCAAGCAUGAUAUCGGGUCCCUGGACCACCACCAUUAG